AAUAAACAACUAAGUGACAACAACAGUGAUCACUGAUUGAUGCACAUGUAUUUGUUGAUGAGUGUUUUAAAGCACAAUAUCUGCUAAAUAGUAAAUUCCUUUUAUGUUUGCUUUUUACUGGAUGACAAAUUUCUCUGAUGGAUUUGCUACCGAAAAGCAGUAGUGAGUUUCAGUCUGUAGAUUAUUGGGACAAGUUCUUCAAGAAGCGUGGUGGAGCUGCAUUUGAGUGGUAUGGUGAAUAUGGAGAUUUGUGUGGAAUUCUGCACAAGUACAGUAAAUGCACUGAUGAUGUCCUUAUGGUAGGAUGUGGAAACUCAGUGCUUAGCGAGGACCUGUACGAUGUUGGCUACCACCAGCUGGUGAAUAUUGAUAUUAGUGCGGUAGUUAUCAAACACAUGACGACAAAGAAUGCAGAGAAAAGACCAGAGAUGAAGUUCAUUGAGAUGGAUGUACAGAAGAUGACGUUUGAAAACGAACAUUUCAAUGUAGUAAUGGAUAAAGGAACGCUAGACGCCAUAAUGUCCGAUUCAGAGCCUGCCACUGUAAAGAGUGUCCAAUACAUGUUUUCUGAGAUUGAUCGUGUGGUGAAGUAUGGAGGGCGCUACAUAUGCAUUUCACUGGCACAGCAACAUAUAGCAAAGGAACUAGUCACAUGGUUUACUAGCAAAUUUUGGCUGGUGCGUGUACACAAAGUGAUCAGAGAGAGUGGUUCCGAGAAGAAAUCUGACUUUGCUCUCCCUGUCUUUGUUUUUGUGUGCACUAAAUUCAAACCAAUCAUGGCAAGCAAGGCUCCACUUCCAUUAGAUGUCUUCUUCACCAAGAAUUCUAGUAAUCUACGUUUGGAAUCAGCUGAGGCUGUGGUAGCUGCUAUCAAAGCGCAACAAGAUUAUCAUGUGCUCAGCCACUCACUACAAACAAGGUCUGUGGAUGAAGAACAGUUGUCUUUCCAAUUAUUUAAUGCAAAUAAACCAACAACUCCACGUUUCACUCUCUAUGUUGUGGAUAGAAAAAGUGUGGUUGCCCCUAGUAACCAUUUUGCUGUCUUCAUUGUUCCACAAGGAAGGGAGGUUGAGUGGCUGUUCAGUAACCCAAAGGGACGUCUUCAACUUGCUGAAUCUGCCGGAUUCAAACGUUUAGUUGUUGUUUUGCUGCAUCGAGACAACCAAUAUGAUAGUUUGCAGUCUAUCCAAGAUGAGCUAUCGGGUAAUAUAAUGGAACUCUCACCUGCUGAUCUGCCUGGAAACACCAAGGUACCAUUCCUAUCCAUCGGGAAUGACAUCGGGAAGAGAACGAUAGUACAGAGUGGCACCAGUGAACUGAGCGGAGACUUUGUUGUGGAAGAUGUGCAAGUGCAGGGGGAAAAUCCUGUCAGACGACUCAUAUUCAUGAAGACACAACAUCACAUCCAAUCAGAAUCUAAACUGAAGACAGUUUCAGUCAGAGGAAAGGGUGGCAAAAGAACAUCUAAACUAGUUGUUGAUAGGAACUACGUUAGCUUUGAAAACCACAAAGCAAUAAUUGCUGGCCUAGCUUUGAUUCCGAACUUUGAUCGACUAAUACAAUCAGCUUGGAAAUUUCUCCUGAUUGGUUUAGGAGGUGGAAGCCUACCAGUAAUUUUGCAUUCGAUGUUCCAAACAGUGGAUUUAGAUGUGGUAGAAUUGGACCCUACAAUUAUCAAAGUUGCCAAAGAAAAUUUUGGUGUGGCCCCUGAUAAACGACUGAAACUGCUUGAAGGGGACGGUAUUAAGUUCAUUGAGGACAGGUCAGACAUGGGUGGUAAUUUAUACGAUGUUAUCUGCUUUGACGUGGACAGUAAAGAUACAGGCGUUGGUAUGACGUGUCCACCUAAGGAAUUUCUCGAAAAAACUCUUCUAUUGAAAGUUCAAUCUUUGUUGAAACCAAAAGGUCUGUUUGCAUUAGUUUUCGGCUGUCGAGAAGAUAACUUGAAAGCAUCAUCAUUAGUCAAAAUUAAAGAAGUCUUCCCCGUCGUGAUCAUGAAACCUAUAGAAGGGGAGGUGAACUGUGUUGUUUACGCAUCGUGUAACACAGACGAAGACAUAUGGAAGGAGACGCAAAAAGAGCACUUACCGCCAGCAGUUCGCUUGCUUCAGAGUAAAGUGAAGAAAUUGAGUAGCGAAGAGUUUGAUGUUGCAGAAAUGUUCUCAGAAAUGAGAAUACAAUGAAGAACUCAAAUGGUGCUAUCUAACUUAUAUAGAACAAUUAUAUUAUACUAAGAACAAAUGUUGCUGGUGUUGCUCCAUUUUCUUGAACAUUGAAUCUUGUUUCAAGAAGGCAGAAAAAUAAAGUUAUAUCAGUACAAUUAUAUAUAUAU